UUCCUGCUGAAGGUAAACAAAUGGACGCGGCGGCGGUUUGCGGUGAAAAUAUGAAAAAUGUGAACGAACCGCGCGGAUUAAAGCGAAUGAAAUGCCCGGACAGAAACGAAAAUAUAAUGUACGGUUCCCUCCUGGUCGCAUUAAAAAGAUCAUGCAGAAGGACACAGAGGUGGGGAGGAUUGCUAUGGCGGUUCCUGUGAUCAUCUCUCGGGCGCUGGAAAUAUUCCUCAAGUCUCUGCUCACCAAAAUCUGCCUGGUAACUCAGGCGGAGCUCAGCGCCGUCGUGUCCGUCGCUCACAUGAAGCAGUGCAUAGAGUCGGAGGAGCACUUCCACUUCCUCAGAGACCGGGCGGAGCGAGCCACAUCUAAGGCAAGCCAGAAGGACAAAAGAGGGAUGAGCAUGUGGCCGAUGUACAGGACCAACUGGCAUGACCUUUCUGUUAAGACGAAGGCUGACGUGGUAGACGUGGCGCCACGACGGAGCCUUGACUCACUGGACAACGACUCCAGCUCCGGGGAGUCGGAGCUCUUCAUCUGCCUUUGAGUGAACAGCGGAAAGUGCUGUGCACUUACUUCAGCAAAUCAUUUCAUCAUGUCACUUUUGUUUAAAUGUUUAUUUCUUUAUUUCAGCUUUGCUGGUCCAGGUCACAAUUAAUGUGGGA